AUGACUAUUAAUACAGCAGAGCCUGUGGCCAUCCUAGGAGCUGGCGCCUGGGGCUUGUCGACCGCUCUCCAUCUCCUCAACACAGGACAUACAAAUAUCACGGUCUACGAUCAAGCAUCUCAGAUACCAUCACCGUACUCUGGUGCCUACGACUUGAACAAGAUCGUUCGAGCUGAAUAUGAAGAUGAAUUUUACACUGAACUAGCGCUGAAAGCGAUAAAUACCUGGAAGACUCCCCUUUGGGGGAGAAAUUUUCACCAGGUGGGUUACGUGGUUGCCGUGACAGGUGCAGCGCCUGAUAAAGCAGUCAAACACCUACAGAAAGCACUUGGUUCGGUGAAGGAUCAUCCUGUAUUCUCUGGUGGGAUUACGUCUUUGGAUACAUCUCAGGCAUUCAAGGACGUGUUUUGGCAAUUUAGCGGUCCACUAAAUGGCUUCCGAGGCUAUCAUAAUCGGCUUGCGGGUUACGCUCACUCAUCCAACGUAAUGGCUGAUAUGUAUCAGCAUCUGGCUGGUAGAGGAGUUAAAUUUGUCCUUGGUUCCGUAGAGGGCAAGGCAGUAAAACUUCUUUACAGCGACGAUCGUGAUGGGCCCGGGCGGCGAUGUACUGGAUUCCAGGUGGCUAGUGGAAAGGUCCACAGAGCUACAAUCACCAUCGCCUGUCUCGGCGCGUGGGCCGCGAUGCUCAUCCCUGAUAUCGGCUCGUACGUCAAGGCAAAAUCUUGGUCCGUUGCCCACGUUCAACUCACAGAGCGGGAAUGUGAUUACCUCCGUGGUAUCCCUGUCCUUAAUGUUCGAGAUCUAGGCUUUUUCUUUGAGCCUGAUCCGGCCACCCGGCUCUUGAAGCUGUGUCCUCUGGGUGCAGGUUAUAUCAACACUGAUAAGAAUACGGGCAUUUCUUUACCUCCUGGAGAGACUCUACAAGCAACGAAAGAUUAUAUCCCGGCGAUCGAUGAAAAAAAAUUGCGAACACUAUUACGGGAGACAUUGCCGUGGUUGGCAGGCCGCCCCUUUGUAGAUAAAAAAAUGUGCUGGUUCGCGGACACUGGUGACUCGGAAUACACAGUUGAUUUUGUUCCAAAUACGAGUAACUCCUUGAUCGUGCUAUCUGGAGACUCCGGACACGGAUUCAAAAUGAUGCCAAUUGUCGGAGAGUGGGUUGUCCAACUCUUGAAAGAUGGAAAACAAAGCCUGACUAGGUGGCAAUGGAGACAAAUUCAAGGGAAAGGCGCCAAUGAAUGGGGCGACGACGUGAGUUGGAGAAUCGGAACGACAGAAGAAAUCAGAGAGGUUACCAAAGAGCAGGCUAGGGUAAUGGGAGCACGUUUGUAA